UCUAUGAGAAGACAUAACAUUUUGGUCCCAUGCUUCUUCAUGGUGAAUACUUUCGGUCAUAUACCCAUAUUAGGGUCGGCAUGACGAGGGUUUAAGUAAUACUAUGCAUGGAUCAUAAAUUCUAACUUUGGUGUAACUAUAGUAUUGCAUAUCCUGAGAGGUUCAGGCUUGCAAAGGACACAACAUUUGGACAAAGGCACUUGAAUACGUGGAGUCAGUCAUCAAUUUCCUUAUGGAUAGCAAGGACAUAUUUAUAGAGAAAAAAAAAUGAUAAAUCUCUUCAAUUAGCCUUUAGCUAAAGUCUGAAUUUCGAGUUUUUUGUUUGUUACUGACACGUAAAUUAAUUUCAAAGUUUCUCAUUAUGCUUUUGUACUCUGCUCGAAUCAGGCUAGCUUCUUCAGACAAUUCUCUGGAUCUGUUCAGAAAGUGACUAUUUCGCAUUACGGCAUGGAUUUAUCACAGUGAGUUGUACUUGUUUAAAAAUGGAAGUGUCAAAGUUUUCAGCACUUUUUCGUUGAAAAGACAUAUCCAAUAAUGUAACAUUUAAGAUAUGUGAUUUUAGGCACAUCUGGCUCCGGGAAGUGAUGCAAGAUUUGAUUUCCAGAAGUAUAUCAAAAGAUCACUUGAUGAAGAUUUUAAAGUUGUAGUGGGCAUAAUGGUGGUAUUCUUAUUAUUGGCUUCCAUUCAUCCCAUUAAUUAGUUCAAAUAGCUGAGUAAAUUUCAUAGGCAAUCUUACUAGUGGGUGCUAAGCUACAAAUGAUAACAAAGAUGGGACUGAGGAUUCAAGACAGAGGGGAAGUAUUCAAGGGUGCACCUGUGGUUGAGCCAGGAGAUGACCUGUUCUGGUUCAACCGUCCACGCUUCCUUCUCUUCAUCAUUCAUCUUGUUCUCUUUCAGAAUGCCUUUCAAUUAGCACAUUUUGCAUGGAGUACAUAUGAAUUCUCCAUAAACUCUUGCUUCCAUAAAACAACUAUAGAUACUAUCAUUAGACUUACAAUGGGGAUCAGGGACAACACAAAUCAAGCAGAUGAGGAAAUCAAACGGACCCUGAGAGAUAUGUGUCACUGAUGAUGAAUUGGCAAUUUUAAUUUUCAGGGUUGUCAUACAAGUUCUAUGCAGCUAUGUGAUUUUGCCUCUUUAUGCUCUAGUCACACAAAAAUAAUCUGAUUUAGCAUUUUUUCCAUUACCAUACUACACAUAAUCGGCCACUAAUUUCAUUAUCUUUUGUUUCACAUUACAGAUGGCUUCAACCAUGAAACCCACCAUUUUCAAUGAUAGAGUAGCAGCAGCAUUGAAGAAAUGGCACCAUACUUCCAAAAAGCAUGUCAAACACCGCAAGCAUUCAGAGGGUAACAAUGCCACACCAUUCUCAAGCAGAUCAUCAACCCCAACAUUUGGCAUGUCUCCUAUUCACCUGCUGCACAGACACCUUGCUGGAAGAAGUGAGAGUGCACAAACUUCUCCAAGGAUAUCCAACUAUGAAAAUGAACAAUGUGAUGUGGAUGGUGAAGCUUCCACAAGCUACCAUCCAGGAACAGAUGAUACCCAAAUGCAAGUUCUGGGGCCUCAUUCAACAACAGAAUUGCGUAUUAGCACUAAACAUGACAUCAAUUUUAGUUCAUCAGAAUUUUCUUUUGAGAAGCGAAACACCAGAGGAGAUUAGAUUUGUACAGACAAUGUUGCUAACAAGUUCAAAUAUACAGCUUCAGUACAUAUAUAUCAAAUAAAUGUUACUACAUGAACGCAAUGCAAUGCAUUUGAAAAGUUAGGUA